GAACCUAGUCAGUGUCGUUCUGCCGUCGGCCUUGUGCUGGCCAAAAUCGCCGAAGACCCGCAAUCGGCCAGUUGCCCAAAUAUCUCGUACAUAAACACACCUGGCCCAGUCGCCAGCGCUCAUCCCACCGGCUCCCCAUACGCCAUUGUCAUGCAUCCAUCUGGUGGCGCAGGUAGUGCCGGCACCGGCGUCGGUGGGGCCAGUACUGGAAUGGGCCACACGGUGAGUGGCGCUGGUGGUGGUGUCGCGGGCACGAGUGAACCGGUUGGGGGUGCAGCUGCUGCCGCGGCUGCAGCUGCCGCCGCCCUCGCUGGCGUUGGGGGCAUGAGUGGUGUGGGAAUGGGUCCCGGUGUGAUUCGACUGCAUCAUCCAUCACCAAUGCACCAUCCACAUUACCACCAUCAUCACGCACCCUCCCACGGACCCCAUUCUAUCAUGGGGCCUCAUGCGUCACAUUCUCUGACUGCCGGUGCCACUCAUGGACCUCCGCCCCCGCCACCUCCAACGGUACCAGGCCGAUCGGUUCAUCACUUUCCACGAGGGCCCUCCGACAUCGGUAUCCAGGGGCCUGGUACAUUUCAUCUAGAGCCAGGCGCCACUGCAUUCGGCCUCGUUGGCCCACCAGGCCUGCUGGCCUGCUAUCAACAGCCGCAAUUGAUGCCGACGCUGGGCGCAGCGCGACAACAGCCCGGGUUUCAGCAUUUGGCUCCACUCCAACUCGCACAGGCCACAAUGCUGGGCGGUGUCGGCGGGACUGGCAAUGGUGUCGGAGACUCCGGCUCUCCCGACUCGGCAGCAUAUGCCACCACGGACACUGCCUUCCUCUUGGCCAGCUAUUAUGCGGCAGCAGCAGCAGCAGCAGCUGCCACCGCGACUAGCGCCGCUUCGACGGGCAUCGGUGGCCAGGUUGGGCUGUCCGACAGUUCGCCACCGCCAUGUUCUCUUGCCGGUCUGGCCGGUGAGGCAACAUCGUCCGGCACAAUGGGCCUUGGCAUCGGAUUGCCGGCGCAGACUGGCCCAUCCUCAGCAGAAGUACUCGCCUCGGGAGUGGCUACGACGACGACAGUGAUGACGUCAAAAAUGGUGACUUCCUCUGCACCACUCGGCUCUGGCGGUCAGGGCAUCAGUGGCGGCAUAGUUGAGGGUGUUGGCAAUGGAGGCGGUGCCAGGAGCUCUCCGAGUCCAACAUAUCAACUGGCAGGGCAAGCAGGCUUUCCAAUUGGCUUUCUGACUCAGCUUCUGUCGUCAGGACAACAGCCUCAACAGCACUAUCCACAUCCUCCACAUCAGCAACAGCGGCAUCAGACACACCAGCAACUCUUGUUGCAACAGCAGGCACAAGCAUCAUCGGCCAUGGCAGCGGCUGCCGCAACGGCGCCAUCUGGAACCGCAGGAUUGCCUUCCGGAGCACAGCCACCGACGGGCCUUGUUCUUGCUCCCAGUCCGUCCGGAAGUAGUCUUCUACCAGACAACCAGUUGCUUGCGGCAGCAAUGGCUGCCGCUGUCGCCGGAGGCACACCUGGUUCAACAUCCAUGCUUCAGCCUGCUGCUCAUUCUCUUCCUUCAGGGCUGGGUACCGGUCUCAUGCCUCACGCACAGCCUCCUCCGAUUGCCACUUGCCAGCCCACUUGUCCACCCCCUGUCUCUUGGCCAGGCUCCACGGCCACCCCUGCACUCGACAUACUGGCAGGCGGCCAUGUUGGAGGCGGAAGCCUCGCUCACUUGAGGCCGAGCCUCGGCGCUAGGCCUGGGUCCGCCGGACCCGAGCUAGGCACGCUCGCUCCGCAGCCCUCCGGCUUCCUUUCGUCCGGUCCUCCACCCGGUUACUUAUCCGGAAGCUAUUUGUCUCCCACUGACGGCCUGCCAACUGGCCUCUUCUAUCAUCUUGUCCCAGCUCCCGGGCCCAGCGCACCAGUGACUGGCUUGUUGCCUGCACCCAGUGCCGGAGCUGCACACGGAGCCGGAGCUGAGUCGUCGGCUGGAACAGCCCCUCUUUUUGCCUCUACUUUGCCACUUUCGUUACCGCAAUCACAUUCACUGCAGCAAAAACAAUUUCAACAGCAGCAUCAACAUCUUCAGGCUCUUGCUCAAGUGCAACAACCUGGGCGUCAGCACAUUCAACAACAUCAACAGCAUCAUCAACUUCGGCAUCAACAUCAUUUGCAGGCACCCCAUUCACUUCACCCUCUUCAUAUGCAUCAACAACAGCCGCACCAUCAGCAGCCACCGCCUCUGGUGCAACAAGCUUUGCAGCAGCAGCCGGUCUUCGUUAGUACCCGGUCGCCAGAGCAGUCGGCUACACAGUUCACCACCUUCACUUUCGAGGAUUUGACAGCUGCUGCACAAAUGGCUUAUGCCACCGCGAUGCCGGCGAGAUUCGGUGAGCGACACAUUCUUUAUUUAAUAUCGCCAUAG